ACGCAAAGACUGUUGCGUGAGAACACAAAAGAAAGAAAAAAAAAAAACACCCCUCAUGUCCGUUCGCGGCCUCCGUACAGAACCAAAGCGUCGCUGUGUUAUUGCGAUGUUUAUCCUUUAGCUGGAGAUUAACCAGUGAAGCAGCGGAGAGUUUCGUUUUACCGCCCAGUAAAACUCCCGGACUCUGCAGAGGUCAAAGGGCGAUGCUGUCAGUCAUUUUCAGAUCAGCUCUGCCUAAAUACGGCUGGUUGAGGUUCCCCGCUCAGACUUGGGUCAGGACCAUGUCCUCUUCAGAUGGACCCGCCUCUCCGUUCACCACGCUGGCCAUCAGCCGCCCAGCCGAGUCCGUCACACACGUCCAACUUCACCGGCCGAAGAAGCUCAACGCCAUGAACAAAGCCUUCUGGAGGGAGAUGGUGGAGUGCUUUAAUGAGAUCGCUGAAGACCAGGACUGCAGAGUGGUGGUUGUUUCAGGAGCGGGGAAGAUCUUCACAGCUGGCAUUGACCUGAUGGACAUGGCAGGCGAUAUGCUCCAGCCAGAAGGCGACGACACAGCGAGGAUCUCCUGGAACAUCAGAAAGCUCAUCACCAAGUAUCAGGAGACGUUCUCCGUCAUAGAGAAGUGUCCAAAGCCUGUGGUGGUGGCUGUCCAUGGUGCCUGCAUUGGAGGAGGUGUUGACCUGAUCACAGCCUGCGACAUCCGCCUGUGCACCCAGGACGCCUGGUUUCAGGUGAAGGAAGUGGACAUCGGUCUCGCAGCGGACGUAGGAACUCUGCAGAGGCUUCCUAAAGUCAUCGGCAGCCGCAGUCUGGUGAACGAGCUGGCUCUGACCGCCAGGAAGAUGUACGCCGAUGAAGCAAAGAGCAGUGGACUGGUCAGCCGAGUGUUUCCAGAUAAGGAAGCCAUGAUAGCCGAAGCCCUGGAAAUGGCGGGACAGAUCGCAGCUCGUAGCCCCGUGGCCGUGCAGGGCACCAAACUCAACCUCAUCUACUCCAGGGAUCACAGCGUCGCUGAGGGACUCCACUACAUGGCUACAUGGAACAUGAGCAUGCUUCAGACCCAGGAUGUGAUGAAAUCCGCUCAGGCCGUCAUGGAGAAGAAGAACCCCAAAGAGACAGUCUUCUCCAAACUGUGAUGCUCAGAGCAGGAGAUCUUCAGACCACUAAUCUGAUGGUUCUGUCGGUGCUUCAGUCAUUAGAUAAAUACUGACCUCUUGAAGUUGAACCGAAACCAGUCAACAUCUGAGCUGAUCUCAUCUUCUAUAAUCUCAGCUUGUUUUUCAUUGACUCUGAAUGUAUGUUUAUUUUGCCAAACAUUUUCUGAAAUAAUCCCAGAUUUUAUUCAAUACAAGCAUAAAAUAAAUUAGUCUAAAACAUUAAAA